AAUUGGAACAUUGGAACAUGAAAAUAAAUUUAAAAAGAAAAAAUAUAUAUGAUUACAUCAUAAAAUUAGAAAAAGAAUGUAAUCCUAUGUAGCAUUGAAGUAAGAGGACUUAACAUUACUAAUAAUACAUGCGUAGAUUGUACCCAAAUUUUAUCAUAAGAAUUGGACUUAUAUCGAAUUAUUUAUAAAUAAAAAAACCUAGGACAAGCACUACAAACAAACUGCUUCGACAAGAAAUAAAAUAAUAAAACCACCAAAAACUGCUUUGUCCAGUCACCAUGGCCCACUCCACCAUAUUUCCAUACAAAACAACAAAACAACAUGGAAAAAAUACCCAACAACUCCACUCCCCCACCUCCCUCCUCCUCCCUAUUUCUUCCCCACUUCUCUUCCUUCCCUUUCUCACAAUUCUCGCAAGUCCUCCUCAUCACCACAACACAAGCAUGUCCACCUCAACCACCACCCCUCCCAACACUUUAUCGUACGAAGAAUGCCGCGGCGUUCUUCGCGUAUACAACGACGGCUCCAUCGUCCGCUCUCCCAACCCGAGCUUCGACGUCCCCAUCCUGGACGACGGCUCCGUCGCCUGGAAGGACGUCGUUUUCGACCCGACCAAUCACCUCCAACUCCGCCUCUACAAGCCAGCAGCAACGACACGCUCUCCCUCGUCGUCCAAAAAGCUCCCCAUCUUCUACUACAUCCACGGUGGAGGCUUCUGCAUCGGCUCGCGCGCUUGGCCCAACUGCCAGAACUACUGCUUCCAGCUCGCUUCCCAGCUCCAGUGUGUCGUUGUUUCGCCCGACUAUCGCCUCGCUCCCGAGCACCGCCUCCCGGCAGCGAUCCACGACGGCGCCGCUGCUCUGCAGUGGCUCCGGGCCCAAGCCGAGGCCGACGAGCCGGACACGUGGUUGACUGACGUGGCUGAUUUUGAAAACGUGUUUGUUUCGGGUGACUCGGCGGGCGGGAACAUAGCUCAUAACUUGGCGGUUCGGUUUGGGCCCGGUUCGGCAGAGUUGGGGCCGGUUCGGGUUAGGGGGUAUCUGCUUUUGGCACCGUUUUUCGCUGGAACAGUUUUGAGUAAGUCGGAGGCCGAGGGGCCCAAAGAUGCCUUUCUCAAUUGGGAGCUCAUUGACAGGUUUUGGAGGCUAUCGAUACCAAUUGGAGAGAAUACAGAUCACCCACUUGUGAACCCAUUUGGGCCAUUUAGCCGGAGCCUUGAACCGGUGGCUCUUGAUCCGAUCCUAGUGGUUGUGGGUGGCAGUGAUCUGCUCAAAGACCGAGCUGAAGAUUACGCAAAGAGGCUCAAGAAUUGGGGAAAGAAGGUUGAGUACGUGGAAUUUGAAGGGGAGCAGCAUGGUUUCUUCACCGUUCAUCCUAAUUCCCAAGCCGCAAAAGACUUGAUGCCAAUUCUCAAACGAUUCAUUACUGAAAAUUCCAGCUAAAACUGCAACUUUGGCGUCCAAAAUAAGUGUGUUUUGUUUUCAUUCAUUGCUGAAAAUGUGAGCAAUUUACACUUUGUAAGUAUUCUCUAAAAUAUAUGAACCAUUUUCCAACUUUGUUUGAGCGCCUUAUCAACCACACUGCUGGUUAUUUCAUGAUUACAUGCUACACCAUGUAAUAUUUAUAUUCUCUCUACAAUAUGUUUUUCGAAGAAAUGGAAUUUCAGAUGACUUUAUUUAGGA